CGAAAAUUUACCUCCAACAAAAGGAAAGUCUCUCAUUUAUUUUUCAAGAGACCCAACACUGCACCGAACCUACCGUAUCUUUCUCAAGAAAUACACUACAGUCGUACACUGCAACCGACAAUGGCGACAUCUUCCGGAGUAAAAAACGUAAUGAUAAACCGCCCUCCAAGGGCAAGCCAAGAGUUGACCGAUGCCGAAGUGCAGGCAUUUGCCUCUCAAGCCUUCAUUCAGGAAUCUUUGAAAAAACCAACCGAGCCCAAACACGUCCUGUCGUUCUUUUUCGGAGAGGAUUUUAUUCACGGGAAAACCACCAAAGACAAAAUGCGCUCCGGUGAUUGCCUCAAAACAAUGCCAAAGUUUUGGUUCCAGGCAAGAAACUCCAGUUGUUAUGAUCAACUAUGUUCCAAGUUCUCAGAUCUCGUUCAUAAAGCAGGGACAAAGGCCCUGAAGGGAUCCACUACUUGGAAUGACACUGUGGAUGGGAAAAUUGCGCAAAUGAUUCUGUGUGAUCAGCUCGCACGCAACAUUUGGCGUGGAACCAAAGAAGCGUAUGCGUACGAAGCCAUUGCCAAAGAUAUAUCUCGGGAACUCGCCAUUGCCUUGGUAUCGUCGGCUCCGACAAUCCCAGAGAUGCCGACUUUGGGACCCAGCGUGGAUGGGUUGGACCACGGUGAGGUCUAUCCGCCAUAUUUGGCCUUUAUACUUGUGGCACUGAUGCACUCGGAAGUUAUCGAGGACCACGAUUUGUGUGAUGAAUUGUUUCAACUGGCCAUUGAGACGACGCAGCCCCAUUUACAUGUGUAUUUUGAAGGAGAGCAAAAGGUGGCUCGAGAACACCGAGUAGUACUGGAGGCUUUUGGGAGAUACCCGUACCGCAAUGCAGUUCUUGGGAGGAAAACAACACCCGAAGAGGCUGCAUGGUUGGCAAAGAAGGAAAACAUGCCCGACUGGGCCAAAAGCCAAUAGAUGCAUUAGCUUAAGAAGAUUCUUUUUGAGAAGGCGAACAUGAAACUUGAAGUCCCUGUGUCAUCAACGCACAACGAUAAGCCUGGCCGUAGAUAGAUAACCUCUCUAUUCUAAACCCCAUUAUCCAACC